GAAGGACGGAGCAAAACCCAAAGAGUGAAUUCAGUCAAAAACGAAAGUAAUGUUUUUCAGGGAGGGGCUGCUGUUGUGAACGUCUUUACUUUUUACACAUCUGUCGGGAAAAGGCGGAAAAUGUUCGGUCAGAUUGUGGGAAAGUAAGAGGUGAGACCCAAAUCCUCUUUAAUUUAAGGAAGGAGUCAUUCCCAGUGGGAUCGGGUGGAUAUUAUUCCCGCUGAAAGAUCCCAAUCAAAUCCAAGGAGUUGAACGGGGAGCCGCUGGAGAUUGUCCAGGGAAAAGCCAUUCCUGGGAAUGAACAUACAGCAAAUGAUUUAAAUUGAUUUUCUGUGAAUCAGGAAUGAUUAUUGCAUUGAUGGAAGGAAUCGACCUCAUUACGCUUUUACUCUUGUGGCUUCCGUUACCCAUUUAUGGUAAAUUCACAGUUACUGGACCAGCACACCCUGUUAUAGCCAUUGUGGGUGAAGAUGUUACUUUGGAAUGUCAGGUUAUGCCAAGUUUACCCAUCAACAACAUGGUGGUGCGAUGGCUUAAAGCAGAUCUUGGUUCAGCUGUAUACAUGUAUAGGAAUGGAGAAGAUGACGCUGCUACUCAGGAUCCUGAGUACAGAGGAAGAACUGAACUGUUUAAAAAUGACCUGACCAAAGGAAACAUUUCUCUUAAAAUAAAAAAUACAAGAGUGUUUGAUGAGGGGAAAUACAGAUGUUCAGUUGAUGAUGAAACCGAGUUUGAAGAGACUGUGGUUGAACUGAAAGUGGGAGGUUUGGGGCGUAAUCACUGGAUCCAGAUAGAGGGAAAUAAUAAACAAGGAAUUCAGCUAAUCUGUGAAUCUAAUGGAUGGUUCCCAAAGCCAAAGCUAAUGUGGACUAAUGCAGAUGGACAAAAUUUAACAGCACAGUCUGAAAUAAAUUACCACCGGGACACUCAAGGAUUGCUAACUGUGAAAAGCAGUGUAACUGUAACAAAAGAUUCGACAAACAGCUUCAAGUGCCUCAUACAGAACAACCUGUUGAAAAAAGAACAAGAAGCAACUAUCCAGAUAGCAGAUGACUUUUUCCCCGCUGUUUCAGGCUGGUUGGUUUUUUUAUGUCUGAUCCUCGGUCUUUUCAUAAUAGUUUUAAUUACUGGGAUCGUCUGGACUGUGAGAAAGCACAGAUGCAUCAAAGAACUUGAAUGUGACAAAUCUAUCAAACAAUACGACCAGUGGAAAUCUCUGAUUGAAUCAGAUUGGGCAAAGAUUUCUGAGUACAAGGUCAAUGUCACCCUGGAUACAAAAACUGCAAACCCAACGCUUGAAAUAUCUAAGGAUCAGAAAAAUGUGAGAUUGAUUCGAAAAGAAAGGAAUGUCCGUGACAAUGAAGAGAGGCUUCUAAGCUGGGAAUCUGUGCUGGGAUCAGAGGAAUUCACAUCAGGCUCACACUACUGGGAGGUGGAGGUUGUGGGGAAUCGACAAUGGAAUGUGGGAGUAGCCAUGGAGUCUGUGGAACGGAAGGAAGACAUUCAUUUGGUACCAAGUGGUAAAGUCUGGACAAUUGGGAGGGCUGACAAUCAAUUUCAAGCAAAUUCUGAAGAAAAAUUUGACAUCCCAGUCUAUGAGAUUCCCAAGAAGAUCGGUGUUUAUCUCAGUUAUGAUUCUGGAAUUGUUUCAUUUUAUAGUGCAAACACCAAGUCUCACCUCUACUCUUUCACUGGGUUUAAAUUCACAGAGAAACUUCAUCCUUUUGUCAGUACAGCACACUGUAACAAAUGGCUGAGAAUCUGGUCCGUUCAGGAUUAGUUCUUUUGAAAAUCUCUCUGCUUUCAAGACAGGUUCCAGGUCAACAUAGUUAGCUAAAAUAUCCUAUCAACUGUGUAAAUAUGAAAGUCAACCUUGCACUCUAAGAUACGUUUUAUGUAAAAUAUCCAAACUGAUUUUCAGCAAUUAUGACAAUUAUUGUUGUUAAUAGGCUGGGAAUACCAUUGAACAAAACCAGUAACUGCAACAGGGAGAAAACAACUUUUAAUUUCUAUUAAUAAGGAAUGUUAAAUGUUUUCUAAUAAUUAUCAGUUGAAUCUCUGAAUGAUAUUAGCAGCUUAGUGCAAAACAAUGUCUUCAACUAGGAUGAAGUCAUUGAACCCCUCAGAAUCCUAGUAGCACACAAACCCACCAAUACUCUCAAACAAAAACUAACAAACUUAAAAGACCCAGUACA